UCUCGUGCUGGAAACACUGCGGGUCCCGCUGGUUCCUCUGCUCCUGGCCACCCCACGGCCCCCCCGGCAACACCUCCUACCUCCUGACGCUCUGGUGAGUCGGCACACGUGGGGACACACGGGGACACGUGGGCGCACAGGGGGAUGUGUGCCUGCUCCCUCCCAAACCCACCAGAGGGCAAGUGCUGCCCCGUCCAAACCCGACCUCGCGCCUGCUCCCCCCGCAGCUACACGACGCCCCGGCUGUGCCGGCGGUUCGAGGCGGGCGCCAGGACCACGUACACCCUGAAGCAUCACCACGUCUACGUCCUCACCAACACCACGGCCUGGGUGGAGGCACGAUGGGGGCACCACGUCCACAGGACCCCCAACCUCACGCUCUACCUCAAUGAGGCCGUCAAGCCGGAUCCGCCCCCCCCCGGGAUGCCCUUCACCAAGAGCAGUGGCCAGCUGCAGCUGCAGGUGCCGUGGCUACUGUGCCGCCGCGGGAGCCAGCCACCGCAGCGGGAGGCUCGCUUUCGGAGGAUGGGCAACCACAGCUGGAUGCAGGUGAUGUGCGAGACGGUGACCGAUGAGGAUGACUCAGUGACCUGUGCCCUGGAGGGGGACGGUGCCUUCGAGGUCCAACUCCGGCACAAGCCCCCCCACUGGAGCAGCUACUGGAGCGACUGGAGCAGCUCCAUCUUUGUUCCUGAGGAAAUCCUGGUGAGCCCGGCGCUGAGCUACCAGCUGGGAAAACUGGGGCGAGAUGGGCAGCGGGUGCUGAGGCUGGGCUGGCAGCAAGCCCCUGAGGAGCAAGGGGACGUCACCUACACGCUGCGCGCCCACAUGCCGGCGUGUCGCUGUGCCGAGCCGGCCGAGGAGGACACGGUGGUGCUGGGGAGGGAGGUGACAGGGCACAACCUCACCCUUUCCGGAGCUGAGUACGAAAUCCUGCUGACGGCGGCCAACGCCGCCGGGACGGGGCCGGCACAGCAGCUCCGUGUGCCGGCAGAGCAGCACGCAGAGUUUGGCUUCAAAGAUGUCAGCGUGGCCAGUGGCACCGUGACGGCGUGGUGGGAGGCACCGAGCCCUGGUUUCAUUUACUGCUUCGAGCAGCAGCUGCUGCCAGGACCCCCAAAACAGGGCAUUUGCAUCCGACGGGAUUUCCCUGCCAAGAGCAUCCAUGUGGAGAGAGGAGCCCUGGAAGUGCCGGCGUGUUACCGCCUGGCUGUGCACGGCUGGGCCCCGGCACGGGGCUGGGCCACCUUCGCCCUGCGGCACCACUACACCAGCAACGCCUCGCUGGCCGUGCCCAUCAACAUCAACGACAGCGCCGGAGAUGCUGCCGUGGUCCUCUGGUGGAGCCCGUCCCCCCGCGCCGCCUGUCCUGGGGUGCUGGGCAACUACCUCGUCUGCCACGUGGCCGAGGGGGACAACGUGACUUAUGCUGAAGUGAAUGCCACGGCAACGCACUACACCCUCCAGAACCUGCGGCCCGGCACAGCCUACAGGGUGGGCGUCUGGGAGGUGACAGCAGAGAGAGAGGGGACCUGUGGUGCUCGGUGGCAUUUCCAGACCAAGGCGCUGGGUCCCCAGGGAGCAGCGUGGAAAUCCAACCUGAAGUACUUGGGCAUCGCGUUCAGUCUCCCCGCCGUGGCUGCCAUCUACCAGAUGGGCAAAAAGAGGGCUCGCCGCCUCCUCUUUCCACCCCUGCCCAAGCCCAUGGGCAGCAAAGCCAUCCAGUUCUCCACCAGCGAAACGACCCAGGGCCAGCCCCGGCCGGGAUUCCUGGAGCCCUCGGAGAGGUUCAGCCCGGCCGAGCUGCUGCUGCUGGACCUGGAUCCCGGCAAGGAGCUGACCGAGGCCGGCACACGGCCUGGCACACCGCAGCCCGGCCCCGUGGCCAAAGAACCGGCGGUGAUGUGCCCGCCAGGCUGCGAGAAGGAGCUGCCGUUCGCCUACCGCAGGCAGGAGGUGCUGAGCCCGGUGGGAUUUCCACUGCCUGGCGAGGAGGAGGAGGAGGAGGAGGAGGAGGAGGAAGAGAAAGAAGAAGACAAAGAGGGGGGACGGCAGGGCCUGCGCCAGCCACUGGUCCCCAUUGCCCUGCUCAUCUCCGACAAACCCAUCAUCAUCAGGGAUGAGGAAGGAUGGGACCCAUCGCUGGAGAAGUCGGUGCUGUAGCCAUCACCAGGCUGGGGCAGUGGGGACGGACAAGGUGGGGGGGUCCCAUGGGAUGCUGAGCACCCACCCGGGAUGCUGAGCACCCACCCAUGGGUCCAUGGCCACAGAGGCACUUUCAGGGGGUUUUCUGGUUUCCAGGAGACAGAAGGAGAUGCCUCCAGAUGCAGCGUUGCACGGGGCCAGAAUCGGGCCACGCACUUCCCAGCCUCAACUUUUCGUGGGUGAUAAAUAACAAGGGAAGGUGGUGGCAGAGCCCGGCUGGGGCUGAGGGUGGAUCGGGGGGAGAGGCAGUGCUUCACCCCAGCUGGCUGCCUCCUGCCCUCCUGCCAGCAUUUCCCCGGCAGGAUGGGGGCACAAACAACCCCAGCUUCAAACAUCGGCUACUGGCAACAAAUAAAAAAAAUCUGAAAAAAGUUUAAA